AUGGGGGCCAGCAGCAAGAUCAGGAAGCAUUUGCACUCUGUGCAAAAGCUGCUGGCCCUACGCAUUGCGCGCGCCUAUCGCACCUCUCCAAACGACGCCUUAAUGGUCCUGGCGGGAGUGCUGUCAGCCGAGUUUCUGGCUACGGCCCGAGCCACGUUGUACGCUCGGGUGCUCACCGGACACGGUAGUUUUGGUGAGUACGUGUGUCGCAUCGAGAAGGAGCCGACAGCGCGCUGCCACCAUUGCGAGGUGGAGAUGGACUCUGCGCAGCACACGCUGGUGCAUUGCCCAGCGUGGGACGAGCUGCGCAGAGUCCUCAAAGAUAAAAUUGGGGAAGACCUCUCCGUCGUUGCCAAGAUGGUCCUCAGGGAGAGCUGUUGGAAGGCGGUCGCCUCCUUCUGCGAACAAGUUAUGUUGCAGAAGAAGAUGGCCAAGAUUGCCAGACAGAGGCAGUGA